CCUAGUGCAAGUGGUCUGGCGAUGAUAACAUUGUCGGGAGGAGCGGCUGCAGCUGGCUGACGUUGCGGGAGAGACUCGCUGUGUGCACAGGCUCACUGACUACCCGCUCCUCUCUGCUGUGUGUAUUUAUUUACAGGCGAUCGCUGCCUGCCAGUGUGCUGGUUGCUGCCCCGCGGGCUGAUGACAGGAUGUCAGUGGCAGGGCUCAAGAAACAGUUCCAUAAAGCCAGUCAGCUCUUAAGUGAAAAAAUUAGUGGAGCGGAAGGAACAAAACUCGAUAAUGAUUUUCAAGAAAUGGAAAGAAAAAUUGACAUCACCAAUAAGGUGGUUGCUGAGCUGCUUUCCAAAACCACAGAAUAUUUGCAGCCAAAUCCAGCAUAUCGAGCCAGACUAGGAAUGUUGAACACAAUGUCAAAAAUCAGAGGACAAGUGAAAACUACAGGUUACCCCCAGACGGAAGGAUUACUUGGGGACUGUAUGCUGCGAUAUGGGAGAGAAUUGGGAGAAGAGUCAGAGUUUGGUAGUGCUUUGCUGGACGUUGGAGAAAGCAUGAAGCAAAUGGCGGAGGUGAAGGACUCUCUUGAUAUUAAUGUGAAGCAGAACUUUAUCGAUCCUUUGCAGUCCCUGCAAGACAAAGACUUGAAAGAAAUUGUGUAUCAUUUGAAAAAGCUGGAAGGCCGGCGCUUGGAUUAUGAUUAUAAGAAGAAGCGACAAGGGAAGAUCUCAGAUGAAGAAGUCCAACAGGCUGUGGAGAAAUUUCAUGAGUCUAAAGAACUGGCUGAGAGGAGUAUGUUUCAUUUUCUAGAAAAUGAUGUAAGUGUGGUAUGUGCUGUGAUAGAACAGGUGAGCCAGCUGACUGUUUUUGUAGAGGCUGCUCUAGACUAUCACAGGCAGACGGCACAGGUCCUGGAACACCUCCACAGCAGAUUACACAACAGAUUGAAUUCUGCAUCCAGUCGCCCUAAACGGGAGCACCGCACAAGAUCGAUAAUGUCGACGUUGGAAUCAACAGAGAAGCUGCACCAUAAUGGGAUCUCUAGCAAUUCAUCCAUCAAAUUAUCAGAUUCAACCAUACAUCAGGACCAGCCCUGUUGCAGAGCAGUAUAUGACUUUGACCCUGAGAAUGAAGGAGAACUUGGAUUUAAAGAAGGGGAUAUCAUUACAUUGACCAACCAAAUUGACGAGAACUGGUAUGAAGGCAUGGUUAAUGGAGAAUCUGGCUUCUUCCCAAUUAAUUAUGUUGAAGUUGUUAUUCCUCUUCCACAGUGAGGAUCACCUGAAGACAAUUACACUACCAUAAAAACAGACGCUAAAAGCCCUUUGAAUGUGGCAUUCUGUGAACGCCUUGCUAUCUGAGUGACUUAACGUUUAUUAUGUGUCAUCUUUUAUAUGUAUUUAUUUUAUAGCAAUUAUUUUUUAUGAAAACAGACUGCUACACAUGGACAUACAAAAAUAUCUAUUUUAUGGUUGUAUGGGGUCUAUAUUACACGGUUUCCGAUGUGACUUGUCUGUGUAUAAACUUUAUUUUCUUCUGUAAUUUACUAAAAAGUAUUUAAAAAUCAA